GUGAGCUGGACAAAAUGUGAAAUAAAUAUGUGUACCUUCCUAGAGAGAACAGAAAAGGGUUGUUGUACAGCAGACAGCCUGAUGUGCUUUUGAUGUGAAGGGCUACUGAGUUUGCCAUAUUGCCACACCUUUGCUGAGGUUGCUAGUCUCAGGCAUUGUGACCCAACCAAUUAUGUUGUCACACUCCCGGGUCAAAGGCAGCAGGGAAAAGCCUGGCCCAUCAGUCUCAUCCAACAGCUGACUGGGGUGGCAGCCAGCCGCAAGUGCCCAAGAACUUGGCACUGCCCACUUCCAUCUAAAGGGGCACAUCUCCCUUCUGGGUGGCACAAUUUCAGCGAAAAGCCUAAAAUAACUUCAUUAUCAAGAUGUCUGAUGAUAUUGACUGGUUACAUAGCCGCAGGGGCGUGUGCAAGGUUGAUCUCUACAGCCCAAAAGGACAGCAAGAUCAGGACCGGAAAGUCAUAUGCUUUGUCGAUGUGUCUACCUUGAAUGUGGAAGGUAAAGAUUCUAAGGAUACUGCUGGUUCCAGUUCAGAAGGUGACUUAAACCUGGGGAAUCUAGAAGAAAAAGAGAUUAUUGUCAUCAAGGAUACUGAGAAGCAAGACCAGUCUAAGAUGGAGGGAUCUGUGUGUCUUUUCAAACAAGCUCCCUCUGAUCCCAUAAGUGUCCUCAAUUGGCUUCUGAAUGACCUCCAGAAGUAUGCCUUGGGCUUCCAGCAUGCACUGAGCCCCUCAGUCUCUAGCUGUAAACACAAAGUAGGAGACACAGAAGACAAAAAUCACAAAUUACCCUCUGAGAACUGCUACAGCAUCUAUGCCGACCAACUAAACAUAGAUUAUUUGGCCAACGGACCUCAACGGCUAUGUCUAGAAACUACAGCAGCCAAAAACACCAACAAUAACCAGAGUCCUUCCACUCCUCCAGCCAAAUCUCCUAGCAAUCAGAGGGCAGUUAUUUCCCCUGAUGGCGAAUAUUCUAUGGAUGACCUUUCCUUCUAUGUCAACCGACUAUCUUCUCUGGUAAUCCAGAUGGCUCGUAAGGAAAUCAAGGAGAAGUUGGAAGGUGGAAGCAAGUGCCUUCAUCAUUCUAUCUAUUCAUCCCCUGGGGAAAAGGGGAAAAACAGCCCUCAAAGUGCUGUGAGGAAGAUUGCUUCUGAAAUGGCCCAUGAUGCUGUGGAACUGACUUCUGAAGAAAUGCGGGGCACUGGGGAGGAGUGCAGGGAAGGUGGCCGGAAAACCUUUCUGUAUAGUGAAUUGUCCAACAAGAACAAGGGUGGUGACAAACAGAUGUGUCAAAGAGACAGCAAAGAAUUUGCAGAUUCUAUCAGCAAAGGGCUCAUGGUUUAUGCAAAUCAGGUGGCAUCUGACAUGAUCGUCUCUGUUAUGAAGACCUUGAAAAUACAUAGCUCUGGGAAGCAAGUUCCAGCCUGUGUGGUCCUGAAGAGGGUGUUGUUAAAACACACCAAGGAAAUUGUGUCUGAUUUGAUUGAUUCCUGCAUGAAGAACCUGCAUAAUAUCACUGGGGUCCUGAUGACUGACUCAGACUUUGUCUCAGCGGUCAAGAGGAAUCUGUUCAACCACGGAAAACAAAAUGCUGCAGAUAUCAUGGAAGCCAUGCUGAAGCGUCUGGUCAGUGCUCUUCUUGGGGAGAAGAAGGAGACUAAAUCACAGAGUCUGUCGUAUGCAUCCUUGAAAGCUGGGUCCCAUGAUACCAAAUGCAAAAACCAAAGUCUUGAAUUCUCAGCUAUGAAAGCUGAGAUGAAGGGGAAGGACAAAGGCAAGAUGAAACCAGAGCAGUGCAAGUCAUUGACCAGUGCCGAGAAAGUCGGUGAACACAUCCUCAAGGAGGGCCUGACCAUGUGGAACCAAAAGCAAGGAAACCAAGGCAAGAUGCCUGGCAAAGCAUGUGCCAAUAUGGAGGAAAAGAGAGAAAAGAUCAGCCCUUCCACAGAUUCGCUGGCAAAGGACUUGAUUGUGUCUGCCCUUAUGUUGAUCCAGUACCAUCUGACCCAGCAGGCCAAAGGCAAAGAUGCAUUAGAAGACGAGUGUCCCAGUUCCACCAUGGGCUAUAUGACUCAGAAUGCCCAAUAUGAAAAGUGUGCAAGUGGCCAAAGUGCCAAGGCACUUUCAAUGAAAAGUCUAGAAUCUCAUGAAGCUCCUGGACCAUCCACCUCUCUAAAGGAAAAUCAACAGCUGGACUCCCAGAAGCUCGAUAUGUCAAACAUUGUUCUAACGCUGAUCCAGAAACUGCUUAGUGAGAGCCCCUUCAACUGUGAUGACCCAUGUGAAGGUGAGAACAAGCAUUCUGAGCCCAGAACAAGCAAAGCCGUUUCCAUGUCCAAGAGACCUGACAGACGGGAAGAAAAAUACCAGGACAAUCAAGAACUUGACUCUACCACUGGCAUGAAGCAAGUGAACCACCAAUUUAUAGAUCAACUGGUAGAAUCUGUGAUGAAGUUGUGCCUUAUCAUGGCUAAGUAUAGUAAUAACAGGGCAGCCCUUGCUGAGUUGGAAGAACAAGCAGCCUUGGCAAACAACCCCAAUUACCAGGUUGGUGGCUCCAGAUAUAGUCAUGAUGGUGCGAUGCCACAGACCCAUCAACACUCAACUGGGCCUGAAGUCAUAGUUAAUAAUCAGUGCUCAACCAGUAACUUGCAGAAACAGCUCCAGGCUGUCCUGCAGUGGAUCGCAGCCUCCCAAUUUAACGUGCCCAUGUUGUACUUCAUGGGAGAUGAUGAUGGACAACUGGAGAAGCUUCCCGAAGUUUCAGCUAAGGCAGCAGAGAAGGGGUACAGUGUAGGAGAUCUUCUUCACGAGGUCAUGAAGUUUGCCAAGGAACGACAACUGGAUGAAGCCGUGGGAAACAUGGCUAAGAAACAACUGCUAGACUGGUUGCUCACUAACCUGUGAGCUAACAACUCCUUUGACUCCUCUCCUUUACUCCCCUAGCAGCAUUCCAUCCCAGCCUGAACAUCCCCACCAUCAGGCCAGUGAACUGCACACCACAUGAUUGUAUUUCCUAAUACAUAUGAGCAGUUGGACUGUGCAAAUACAGGGUGUCCAAAAGCUGGGCAAUAACAUGAAUAAAAAAAUUUAA